AAAAAAAAAAAAGGCAGCAGGGCGGCCCAUGGGUAACCUAGUUCAGGCACCCGCGUAGGCCUGGGUCUCGGGAAACAAAGCCCCUUCUGGGCUGUGGGAUUUCGUUCCGGACAAACAGUCGCGCUUCACAAACAAAUCCGCCCCAAGGCUGCGCAGGUGGCAGGGACGAAGCCUCCCUUCGAUUUUCCCGGGAAAGCGAUUGGUCCCCCAAAACCUCGCGAUGCUCAAGGGUUGCGGAAAGAUGACGCCAUUUCCUCCGAGGCAAAAUGGCGGCCUCCGGCUCGAAGUGUGUCAAAAAUGAAGAAGUUGUCGCCCCCCUGGGAUACACCGCUAUUCCAGUCAAGUUUUCUGAGAAGCACCAGUCACCUCAUUAUCUCUAUGUGAAAGAACACAAAGUCAGAGAGGGGAGAGAUCCCAAGAGGCCUCAAAACCGAACACUUUUUGUCUUAAACAUCCCUCCAUAUUGUACAGAGGAAUGUUUAUCAAGGCUGUUCUCCACCUUUUGCCCCAUACAAUCUGUGGAGAUGUGUGAAAGGCCAAAGCCGGGAGAUGGGACAGAAAUAUCCAGGACCAAGUUCUUCAAUAACAAGAUACUCUUGGGAUUCCAAGUAGCUUAUGUGGUAUUCAGAAGACCUGCUGGAGUACAGGCUGCCAAAUCACUACAAGGACCCCUGAUAAUAUCUUCAGACAGCCAUCCUGUGCAAACUGGCAUUCACAAAUGGAUUGCUAGAUAUGCAGCCUCAAUUGUGGAUCCUGCUGAGCUGAAGACAGAAGUUGACUUUUUCAUGAAAAAUUAUGAUCAAAAGGUUGCAAAGGAAGAAGCCAAGGCUGAAAAGGAAGAAGGUAUUCCUGACAAGGAAGGGUGGGUGAAAGACAGGAAGGGCCGAAAGCCUGGUCUUCCAUGGACAGAAGCAGCCAAUUUGCGGGCCCUAGAAAGAGAGAAACGCAAGAGAGCACGGAAGGAAUUGCUCAAUUUUUAUGCCUGGCAACAUCGUGAAACCAAGAGGGCAACGUGACCCAGCUAAGACAAGAAAUUUGAAGAGGAUAAGCAGAAAAUUGCUCUCAUGAGAGCACAGCGAAAGUUCCGCCCAUAUUAACUUGGAGACGGUUGCAGCUGUCCCAGGAUGACAGUCGCCAAACUUAGAAUUAGUUUUUAUUAAGAACCAUCCUGAUCUCUUGGCUGGACUCAGGCUCAGCUGCUAAAUAAGAGGUACCAACUGCAGGCAUUCACUUCUGUGAAGCUGAUCAUUCAGU